AUGUCCAAGAGAACAUCAUACGAACGCUCUGAACUCGGACACACGACUCUCAAGCGCGCGAAACAAGUAGAUGAAGACCUGCCAUACGAUCAAGUACAAGAAGCCCUCGGCGCGCAAGAUGAGAUCAAGGCCGUAACAAAGGUGGCGCAUUGGUUUCGUCCAAAGGACCUUCGAAUUCAAGACAAUACCGCGCUGCAUCAUGCUUCUGAGCUUGCUCAAAGCGCGAAGAAACCUUUAGUAUGUUUCUAUGUCAAUUGCGCUGCAGACGAGUCAUGGCACGGCACCAGCCCUGCAAGAGUGGACUUCAUGUGCGAGGGGUUGCGUAUCAUGCAAAGAGAGCUCAAGGAAUUGAAUAUACCGCUAGUCUUUCUAGAAUGCGAGGACAGAAAGAAGAUUGUGGAGACAGCGGUGGAGUGGAUGAAGAAGCAAGAGAUCUCACAUGUGUAUGGCAACUUCGAAUACGAGAUUGAUGAAAUGCGGAGGGAUCUGAAGCUCUGCAAAAUAGCUGGCGAUGGCAUCCAGGUCUCGUUGUACCAUGACCAGACAGUCGUCGAGCCUGGUACCAUGCUUACAGGUGCUGGAACACCAAUGAAAGUAUUUACGCCAUUUUUCAAAGCUUGGCUUGACAAGAUAAAGCAUGAGCCGGAGCUGCUUGAUACCAACCCUCCACCUGCCGCAAAUCCCCCGUCUGCAAAGAAGGAACUCAAAGAUUUGUUUGAUACACCCGCGCCAGAACCGGCAAAAGAUAAGCAGUUCGAGUCGGAAGAAGACAAGAAGAGGAUACGGAAAUUAUGGCCUGCCGGUCAUGCUGCAGGAGCAAAGCGUAUGGAUGCAUUUCUCAAGCAAAUAGAUCACUACGCCACCACACGCUCCAAUCCCGCCGCAAACAGCACAUCUCGCAUGUCCGCCUACUUUAGCGCGGGCAUGUUUUCUGUGCGCGAAGCAUUGCAGAAAGUCGUAGACUACAACCGUGGCAGCACCGAUUUCACCGAAGCCAAGGCAUCCAACGGCGUAUAUGGCUGGGUUCGAGAGAUCGUCUUCAGAGAACUUUACAGACAGACAACCAUGACGACACCACACACGUCCAUGAACCUACCACAAAAUCUCAAAUUCGAUGCAGUAGAAUGGGAAGACGACGAAGAAGGCUGGGAAAAAUGGUACAAAGGCGAAACAGGCGAGCCCUUUAUCGACGCCGGAAUGCGUCAACUCAACGCUGAAGCAUACAUGCACAACCGCCUACGUAUGAACGUCUCUUCUUACCUUUACUGUAACCUCCUGCUCGACUACCGCCGCGGCGAACGAUACUUUGCUGAAACUCUUAUCGAUUGGGACCUUUCCAACAACACUCAAGGAUGGGAGCCUUCGUACACUGUUUUCAACCCUGUUUCUCAGGCUGAGAAGAACGAUCCCGACGGUGAUUACAUUCGCAAAUGGGUUCCAGAGCUCAAAGACGUCAAGGGUAAGGCAGUAUUUGCUCCCUAUGCGAGGUUGUCGAAAAGCGAGUUUGAGAAGUUGGGAUACCCGAAACCGCAUGUGGAUUGGAAGGAGACGAAGGCUAGGGCGCUGGAUAGAUUCAAGAGGGGGUUGAGGAACGCGGAUAUUUAG